AUGGCCGACAAGAAACUCCUCGUCGUGUUUGGAGCUACCGGAAAGCAGGGUGGUUCAGUUAUCAACUCCGUCCUUGGUGACGAGAAGGCUGCGUCGCAGUUCUCUAUCCGUGGAAUCACUAGAGAUCCAUCUAAGCCAUCUGCUCAGGCUCUGGCUAAAAGAGGCGUUGAGUGUGUCAAGGCCGAUCUCAACAGUAAAGAGUCUGUCACCGAAGCUCUUAAGGGCGCAUAUGCCGUUUUUGCUGUCACCAAUUUCUGGGAGACUGGGAAGGCCGAGACAGAAAUCCAACAGGGAAAGAAUAUCGCUGAUGCAGCCAAAGCGAAUAAUGUUCAACAUUUGAUCUGGAGUAGCUUGUUAAAUGUUACUAAAGUCUCUGGCGGAAAACUCACCGGAGUCUCUCACUUUGACUCCAAAGCUGCCGUGGAAGAAUACAUUCGCAAAAUUGGCGUCCCUGCCACCUUUUUCCUUCCCGGAUUUUACAUGUCCAAUAUCCCCGGUCAGGCACUGAACAACAUGGGAGGAGUGUAUAACCUCAGUAACCCGGUUCCAAACAAUGCCCCAUUCCCCCUUUUCGACGCCGAUCGCGAUACGGGGAAAUUCGUCAAGGCCAUCUUGCUUAACCGUGAGAAAGUGCUUGGCAAGCAAAUCUAUGGUGCUACAGAUUACUAUACUCCCGAUCAGAUUAUCGCGGACUUCCAGGCUGCCAAACCACAGGAUGGCAAGGGAGGUGCUGCUAUCCAGAUUCCUGACCAGACGUUUAAGGGGUUCUUGGGUAUGAAUGGAAUGUCAGAGGAAGCCCAGGAAGAGAUGCUUCAGAACAUGCAGCUGCUAUACCUAUAUGGUUAUUAUGGGGGUGCAAGCCUUGAGGAGAGCCUCACGCUUCUUGACGAGAAACCCACUACUUGGAAGUCUUUCGUCGAACAAGAGCCAAUCUGGGCUAAUAUCAAGUGA